AUGGGUGCUGGGGCAUCGACGAAGGCGUCCAAGGAGUUUGAUGAUGCACUAAACGGUACAGAAGCCACGGGCAAGUUGGUGGUCAGGAAUUGCGAGCUUCUGGCUCUACCCCCAGAGUGGCUACAACGAGCUGUUCACUUGAAAGAGCUGCGACUAGAACACGCCAAGUUGAAACAAUUACCAGCGAGCUUCGGUUGUCUGCUAUUACUCGAACGAUUGUCACUUUCUGGUAACCAACUGGAGACUUUACCGCUGUCAUUUCAUGAAUUGCAGCGUCUGGAAGAACUCGAUCUCAGUUGCAACGCACUUCGCUCACUAUUUGGAAAUUUCUGCAAUCUCGGAGCUCUUCGGCGUUUAUUUGUACACGAGAACGCACUUAAGAAAUUGCCUACAGAAUUUGGCGCCUUGAGUUCUCUCCAGAUGCUGGACGUACACAACAACGUCCUGAAAAAGUUGCCAAAGUCGUUCCCGUGUCUUACACAGCUCACACGACUCGAUUUGAGUCGAAAUAAGCUUCGAAAACUACCUGAAGCCUUUGGAAAUCUAAGCGCUCUUCGAAUUUGUAACCUCAGUCGAAAUAUGUUACGCGAACUACCGGAAUUUUUCGGGAUGCUGGGAGCUCUGGAGGUGCUGUCAUUAUCGUACAAUGCUCUGUACAAACUUCCAGUUUCUUUUGCAGAGCUCGCCAGUCUCACGAAUAUAUCGUUCACAGGGAACAGAAUCGAGUGUUUCCCAGUCCAGAUAAGUGCUCUUAAAGCGCUGGUUACAUUUACGUACGCUGAGAACAGACUUCGACUCUGGAAACCAGGAGAGAAGUAUUUUCUAGAGGAGGAAGCACCGGAAAACGAUCAAGUAUUGGAUACUGAAGCCAUUGUGGAGAUGGAUACACUCGGUAGUAACCCACUUGCUACACUUGUAGCCAUCCAAUAUCUUGAUUUGAGUGACAAUGUGCUGGAAGUUCUUCCGUCGCGUGGCUGGGAACAUCUUGAGAUGCUUCUUCAUUUGAAACUUACUCGCAAUCGACUUCAAAUAAUACCCUCAGGAGUUGGGAAUCUGCCAAAGCUACAGCGUCUCGAUAUCGCAGCAAAUAAACUGAAAACUCUUCCAAAUUCCCUCUUUAGCAACAAAUCGUUGGCGUAUCUCGACGUUCAACAUAACAAUCUACAAGAAAUUCCAGAAAAUGCCGGCGAAUUCUUUGUCGCCUCACUAAACUUGAAGAAUUACGCGUAG